UGAAAUAACAAUAUUGUUUACUUUCAAUUUUUAGCCCCCCCCCUCCGGUGAAACGGAACUGAUGUCCGGAUUUGGUCAAAAAAUAUUAUGGUAACCCUAUAUUAGUGUAAUCUCACUAGGUAUUGAAGAAACUGUUCAACAAGAAAUACAAUUUUAAAUCCAUUAUAAAUAUUCCCAUUGCUUCAUUCAAAAUUUAAAUAUUUUAUCAAAAACAUAAAUUUAAGUAUAAACUGGGGUUAUUUAAUUAUUUUUACUAACUUUUAAUGUGGUUAAGAAAAAAACUACCUAUUAUAAAUUUCUCAAAUUUAUAACUGUAUUGAGUUAAGAAAGUGCUAAUAAAAACGAAGUACGAUUCAUAAUAGUAAUUAAAUGACAAUUAGGUACUUAACGAUUAUUACAUAUGCAAUGAGGCCAAUGAUCCCAAUAAUCAAAAUCGUAUUCAAUAAGAACAAUAUAAUAGGUAGGUAAAUCUAAGUCAUUAGUUCAUAAUUAUGUAGAAAUGUAUCAGUAAAACCGAACAUAUCAUUCAUAUUUUACAAAUUAAAAUAAACACUAACCUUGACUAAGCGAGGUAAACAGGUUUGGCGAAAUGUUUAGAUAAUGAAUACUGUAUAGCAUCCUAACGUCAUCAUCAAACUAUUUGCUUGAUAGUUAGUAUUGUUUUUGGUGGCCAGUCACCAGAAGACUACACAUUAAUCAGUUCAGUUCUGUUUACCAUGUUGUUAAAAAUUAGUUGGGUGCUUAGUAUUUUAACACUUUGUCAUGGUCUCUCAAGACAAAAAAGAAUUGUGGGUGGAUAUCCAGCAUUAGUUCCUGAAUCAAAUGGGUUUAACAUCAGUAAACCUCCUCAAAAAAUGGAUAGCACUAUACAAAUGCAAGAUGACUACAGAUCUGCUACAAUAAUUGGUGUUGAAGAACCAGAGGGAUAUUACGCAUACAAAGGUAUUCGAUAUGCAGAACCACCAACAGGAAGACUUAGAUUUCAGCGUCCAGUCCUUACCCGUCUUUCUGGAAAAAUUGAUGCCACCAAAUAUGGACCUCCUUGCCCACAGUUGAGUCCUGAUGGCAAUGGAAUAAUUGGGAGUGAAGAUUGUUUAUUUCUUAAUGUGUUUACUCCAUUGGCUAAACAAAACAAUUCAAACUUACCAGUAUUUGUUUGGAUACAUGGUGGUGGUUUUCAUAGUGGUUCAGCUCUACAGUAUGGACCCUAUCAUUUAGUAAAAAAUAAUAUGAUUGUUGUUACAAUACAAUACAGACUUGGAUCAUUAGGUUGGCUAACAAGUAAUUUUAAAGAUUUGCCUGGCAAUGUUGGAUUAUUUGAUAUGCGUGCUGCUGUGAAAUGGGUUAAUGAAUAUAUUAAUUAUUUUAAUGGGGAUCCAGAACGAAUUGUUUUAUCUGGUCAAGGUAGUGGAGCUAGUGCUGCUACACUUAUGGCAAUGUCAGACUUUACAAAAGGAAUGAUCAGUGGAAUUUUUGCAAUGAGUGGUAGCCCUCUGUCGGCAUUUGCGGUAGAUCCUGAACCAAAAAACACAUAUUCAAACAUGACCACAUUACUUGGAUGUGAACAAUCUUCAUCAUUGGAAACAAUUCGAUGUUUACAAAUGUUAUCAACUCAAUCAGUUAUUAACUCAGAUUCUAAGUUUCAGAACAACAAACUAUUUAAAGAAGGAUACUUAUCAGGAUUAGGUAGUUUGUUAAAUGCUGGUCCUGCUGUAGAGGGUUACAAUGAUGGACGGUUCUUGCCAUUUUUCCUACAUGAUUCACCACUUCGAUUGUUAAAGAAAAAUGCACUACCUAAGAUACCAAUGUUUACUGGUGUUAAUAAAUUAGAAACUAAAUCAGGAAUAUUAGGAAAAUUCCGGAAUCAAGUUUUAGAAAAAUUAAGUAAAGUACCAGAAUAUGUAAAUAAAGUACUUCCCCGCAAUGUAUUGAGAACAAAUACAGGUUUAUUCAAAAAUGGAAGUGUAAAUAAUGCUUUAAAGACAUUGUUUGAUAAUAAUGAUUACUUGAAAUUAGUAUCAUCAACACUUAAAAAUGGCGCAAAAGAUAUUAAAAGUGUUAUGCAGGGAACAACAGAUGCAUUAUUUAACUUACCGGCUUUUUUUACAUCACAUCUAUGGUCAAAACGUAGUACUGUUUACUUUUAUAGUUUUGAACAUAAGCCAAACAUGAAAUCUCCAGGAAAAUUGUUUUUGCCAAAUAUUUUGGGUGGUCCCAAAAAUGAUCCUAUAAGUAAUGAUAUUGCUGAAGAUAAUGGAGAGCCUGGUCAUGGAGAUGAAUUAAUAUAUUUAUAUGAUGUUAGAACCAUUGAAGGUAGACCAAUUAUAGGAACUGAAUUGAAAGAUAAAAAGGACAUUGAAAUGAGAAAUAAUUUUACAUCAUUGGUUGCAGAAUUUGUACGAAAUGGAAAACCAAGAUUAAAAAAGUUGGGAGAUGAAUGGCCUUCUUUCACUUCUUCAAAACAAUCAGAUUAUGUUGUACUUGAUGAAAAUUCUCAUAUUGAAAAUAAAUUCCGUUUUUGUGAGAUGGGAUUGUGGGGCGGUAUUCCAGAUAUACUGCAAUCGUCAUACUGCAACUUGCCAGGAAUAUCUGAUAUAUUAAAAACAGUACCAGAUUUAUUGAAGAAUGGAAUUUUGGGUGAUGUCACUGAGGGGACAGUUAAUUUACUUGGAAACCCACUAAAUGCUGUUGGAGGAUUGUUGACAAACAAUGACAAUAGUAAUCAAAAUGGACUGUUAAGUGGAUUAAAUAACAAUAAUCAAAACGGAUUAUUAGGCGGAGUAACAGAAACAUUAGGAUCAAAGAAAGAUAACAAAAGACCUAAUGGAAAUAUUCAGAAACCUUUAUUAGGAGGUAUAAUUGGAUAAUUUAUAACUUAUGGUAUAUAAAUAUUAACUAGCAAAAAAUAUAUGAAUACAUA